CUUCUACCUUGUUCCUCCUCAUGUGGAAGAGCCUCAUACGGGAAACCCAGAGAAAGGGUAGCCCUUGCCGUAAAGCAGUUUCCAGUGGACCAAAGAAGCUUAAGAUUCUACUCAUAACGCAGGGCACCUCAGCUGAGGAUUCUGCUAUGGGCAGCUGUGUGAGCUUGACUUGACAGCAACUGCUUUGGCUCGUACAGCCAGAGGACGAAAUUCUUCUCAUCUUUGGGCCACUAAAUGCCUAUGUGCACGCCACAUUCCAGCCAGGGAAGAAAGGUGGAGCUUCUUGAAUGACAAUGGACGUUCCACUGUGCAGGAUGUGGGCAGAGUGUGUGACAUCACCACCACGAGGGUGCAGUGUCGUCUUCUGCGUCUCCCUUCCUGGCCAGCACUCUGCCUCCUGUAUCCAUCAUGGUGUUUGGUGAGUUUUUCCAUCGCCCUGGACAAGACGAGGAACUUGUCAACUUGAACGUGGGGGGCUUUAAGCAGUCUGUUGACCAGAGCACGCUCCUGCGGUUCCCUCACACGAGACUGGGGAAGCUGCUUACCUGCCACUCCGAAGAGGCCAUUCUGGAGCUGUGCGAUGACUACAGCGUGGCUGAUAACGAGUACUAUUUUGACCGGAACCCAUCCCUGUUCAGAUAUGUCCUGAACUUUUAUUACACGGGGAAGCUGCACGUCAUGGAGGAGUUGUGUGUCUUCUCCUUCUGCCAGGAGAUUGAGUACUGGGGCAUCAAUGAACUCUUCAUCGACUCCUGCUGCAGCACUCGCUACCAGGAGCGCAAGGAGGAGAGCCACGAGAAAGACUGGGACCAGAAGAGCGAUGACGCGAGUACCGACUCCUCCUUCGAAGAGUCGUCUCUGUUUGAGAAAGAAUUGGAGAAGUUUGACGAGCUCAGGUUUGGUCAGCUCCGGAAGAAAAUCUGGAUUCGAAUGGAAAACCCAGCAUACUGCCUGUCUGCCAAGCUCAUUGCCAUUUCUUCCUUGAGCGUGGUGCUGGCCUCCAUCGUGGCAAUGUGUGUGCAUAGCAUGUCGGAGUUCCAGAACGAGGAUGGAGAGGUGAAUGACCCUGUGCUGGAAGGUGUGGAGAUCGCUUGCAUUGCUUGGUUCACUGGAGAGCUGGCCAUCCGACUGGUUGCUGCUCCCUGCCAAAAGAAGUUCUGGAAGAAUCCUCUGAACAUUAUUGACUUUGUCUCAAUCAUUCCCUUCUAUGCCACACUGGCAGUGGAUACCAAGGAAGAAGAGAGUGAGGACAUCGAGAAUAUGGGCAAGGUCGUCCAGAUUCUUCGGCUCAUGAGGAUUUUCCGAAUUCUGAAGCUUGCCCGGCACUCUGUAGGGCUCCGGUCUCUGGGGGCCACGCUUAGGCACAGCUACCAUGAAGUGGGGCUGCUGCUUCUCUUCCUUUCUGUGGGCAUUUCCAUCUUCUCUGUGCUCAUCUACUCAGUGGAGAAGGAUGACCUCACGUCCAGCCUCACCAGCAUCCCCAUCUGCUGGUGGUGGGCCACUAUCAGCAUGACCACUGUGGGCUAUGGAGACACCCACCCUGUCACCUUGGCUGGGAAGGUCAUUGCGAGCACUUGCAUCAUCUGUGGCAUCCUGGUGGUGGCCCUUCCCAUCACCAUCAUCUUCAACAAGUUUUCCAAGUACUACCAGAAGCAGAAGGCCAUGGAUGUGGACCAGUGCAGUGAGGACCCACCGGAGAAGUGUCACAAGCUACCUUACUUUAAUGUUAGGGACGUUUACGCACAGCGGGUGCACGCCUUCAUUACCAGUCUAUCUUCCGUUGGCAUUGUGGUCAGUGAUCCUAACUCUACAGAUGCUUCCAGCAUUGAAGACAACGAGGAUGUUUACAACACUGCAUCCUUAGAAAACUGUACCACAAAAUGAGCAGGGGCAUUUGUACCUGUAUCUUGUGUCCCUUCUUGACAUUAGGUUAACACAGCUUUAUAAACCUCAAUGGGUUCGUUCAAAUAAAUCAUUUAAUUCUCAGGGUGUACCUUUUAGCCAUAGUUGGACAUUCAUUGCUGAAUUCUGAAAAGAUAGAAUUAUCUUUAUUUUUCUCAGUGAGGUUAAAUGCCUUGUUCUGAAAUUUAUUUUUUAAAGAGAGAGUUGUGAUAUGGUUUUGGGGGAAAAAAGUAAAUGAUAUUGGGAGGGAUUUGUUGCUACGGCUUAUGAAUCAUUCUGUAUUUGCCAUUUACUCACAUUGAGCUAACUAUAAAUUACUGAUGACAGAGCAGAGGCCCAGCUGACUGAAGAUGACAUGCAUGUGAGAUCUACAACAUGGGACAACGCAUGUAAAUCCAUGUUCAUGUUCGAGACAUGGAAAUUAGGAGCCCAAUAAACUUUUAAUUCAUUAUGGA